GUUAGGUGGAUAUCUGGGCAUGACGGAGUUGCAGGGAACGAAGUGGCUGACGAAGAAGCGAAAAAGGCCGCUAAGAGUAGUGAGGAGAACAGCCCAAAAGAACAUCUCCCCCCAUACCUUCGUAAAGGAAUCCUACCCAGUAGCGUAUCCGCUCUGAAGCAAGCGCAACGACAGGAAUCCUCCGAACGCUGGGCCAGACACUGGCUUCAAUCACCCCGCUUUCAACACACUACCCGCAUCGACCCUCGUACCAUUUCCGGCUCCUUC